GAGAGGGAGAGUCCGGGCCGGGGUCCAGUACGGUCCAGAUCGUCAGGAGAGGGAGAGUCCGGGCCGGGGUCCAGUACGGUCCAGAUCGUCAGGAGAGGGAGAGUCCGGGCCGGGGUCCAGUACGGUCCAGAUCGUCAGGAGAGGGAGAGUCCGGGCCGGGGUCCAGUACGGUCCAGAUCGUCAGGAGAGGGAGAGUCCGGGCCGGGGUCCAGUACGGUCCAGAUCGUCAGGAGAGGGAGAGUCCGGGCCGGGGUCCAGUACGGUCCAGAUCGUCAGGAGAUAGGGGAGGUGCGGGGUGAGUGUCCGGAGACGGAGUGCCGCACCGGGUAUUUGAGGGUCAGAGGGUCUGGUAUCUGAGGUCCUGCCGCAGCUAUGCUGGAGCCGAAGGCUGUGCGGUUGGACACCGAGGUACCGAUCGGGCUGAAGCCGGGGUUGAACACGCGGCUGUACCGGCGGCGCUGGGUGAUCGUCGGGCUUUUCAGCUGCUACUCGCUAUGUAACGCCUUCCAAUGGAUCCAGUACGGCAUCAUCAACAACAUCUUCAUGAAAUACUACAGCGUCUCCUCCUUUACCAUCGACUGGCUCGCCAUGAUCUAUUUCGUGGCUUACAUCCCCACCAUCUUCCCCGUCACCUGGCUGCUCGACAAAAAAGGGCUGCGGGUGAUCGCGCUCUGCGGCUCCGGCCUCAACUGCUGCGGCGCCUGGAUCAAGAUCGCCAGCGUGCGGCCCGACCUCUUCGGCGUCACCUUCCUGGCUCAGACCAUCUGCGGAGUCGCGCAGGUCUUCAUCCUCGGCAUGCCGUCCCGGAUCGCCUCCGUUUGGUUCGGUUCCAAAGAAGUCUCCACCGCCUGCUCCAUCGCCGUCUUCGGCAACCAGCUGGGGGUUGCAGUGGGAUUUCUCGUUCCUCCCAUCCUGGUGCCAAAUGUAGAUGACCUUGAUAAAUUAACUUACCAUAUCAACGUCAUGUUUUAUGGUACUGCUGCAGUGGCAACUCUGCUCUUUGUUCUCGUCAUACUAGUGUUUCAGGAGAAGCCGGAUAUUCCACCAAGCCAAGCACAAGCAGCUAUCCAUGCCAGCCCUCUACAGGACUACUCUUACAUCCAAUCUAUUCUGCAGAUGGUCAAAAACUUGCCAUUUUUCCUCCUCAUUGUAACCUAUGGAAUUAACACGGGUUCCUAUUAUGCAGUUUCAACCCUCCUGAACAAGAUGGUGCUGACUCAUUACCCAGGUGAAGAACUGAAUGCAGGGAGGAUUGGCCUCACUAUCGUGGUUUCUGGAAUGGUUGGCUCCAUUAUCUGCGGAAUCUGGUUGGAUAAAACUCAAACGUACAAACAGACCACAUUGGUUGUUUACUUCUUAUCCUUCGCAGGGAUGGUGGUCUUCACAUUCACACUUGACUUGGGUUACCUCUGGGUUGUCUUCCUGACUGCUGGGCUGCUCGGGUUCUUUAUGACUGGUUAUCUACCACUUGGCUUUGAGUUUGGUGCAGAACUCACCUACCCUGAGUCUGAGGGAACCUCUUCGGGGCUGCUGAAUGAGUCCGCACAGGUUUUUGGAAUCAUCUUCACUAUUUCACAGGGAAAACUCAUCGAUCACUUUGGAACGAAGGCAGGAAACAUUUUCAUUUUUGUAUUUCUCUUCGUGGGAACUGUACUAACAGCUGUAAUUAAAUCGGAUCUCAGGAGACAGAAGGCAAACAUGCAUGCGACAGAAGAGUCUAGCAUAGGAGCAAACCACCUUCUCGAUUACGGCGCCACAACUGCUACGAUUUCCUCAUUCAUCCUCCCUCUUCGCUUGUUACCAUCGGAGCGGUUAUCCAACAAGGCCACAGAAGGAAUCCACAAUUCGAUCAUCUUGAAUGAAGCAUCCCUGUGAAGUGAUAUCCUGCCACCCAGAUGAGUGUGUGGUUGGAGCCAUUCUGGUCAUGCAGUACCACGAGACCUGCCAACCGGGCAGCAGGGACUGCUCUAUAAAUACAGAUAACUACGGGACUGAUUUGACAAAGUUAAUGUUUUCAAUAAGUAUCUUGAUCACUUCCCUUACAGGAAAUGUUGAUGCAUUUUCUAACUCUGUUGCUCCUCCUCAUAAUCAAAUUUUAUUAAUUUUACCCACUCCCUCAAGGUAAACUCACAUAAUAGAUCUGCAUGAGCUGCUCUUUUCCUCAAUCUGGAAAUCAAUAAAAUCUCUCAUCUUUUGAGGGACAGGCAGCAGGGUGCUUUAGAAUUUGAUGGUGGAUACAGCAGCUGAACAGGAGGCACCUGGAGAGAAUCCAGCAUUCUGCUGAUGUUUUGAUACUGAGCUGCACAGCAAUAAUAAACCAGUACGAGGCUGCUUAUGGCCAAGACUUGGUGUACAGAAGAGAAGAACAGAUCUAUAAGCCAUUUUUGUUCCAUUUUGGAACAAUUCCAGUGAUUUAGAACAACCUUGUUAAUGCACUUUACAAAUCUAUGAAGUCUUCCCAGACAAAAGCAGGCAGAAAAUAAGGAAAGGAAAAGUGCCCAAUCCAGUGCAGGGGGAAAGGACAGCAAGAGCCCUGGGUGAUUGCUGCCUUGCACCUUGGUGCUUUCCAACACCUCCCUGCUGCACGUGGGUGAGUGUUCAACAGCUGCUAGUUGAAUCUGUACACAAGGGGCAACUGCUCUUUUGCUGCCCAACAGAUGCAUUGGGUGAGGUCUCUGCCAAGUGGACUGAGCUGUUCUCUAAUUCCCAACAACAACAGGAGAGUCUUUAUUCAACCAUAUUUGGAAAAUAGCAGCAUGAAUUGCAGAUCAGUUGUUAGCUUUUCAAAUUGAAAGAAUGGAAUGGGGUUAAGAAUUAUGAAUAAAAUCACAUUAACUGCUAAAA